AUGGGGAAUGUAGGAAACUUAGCCCUAAUUCAGCUCAAUUUCGCCAAUGGGAAAAAUAUGACUAUGGUGACCUCCUGGAUUCUCAAUUCUCUCGCAAAGGAGAUUUCUGAUAGCGCUGAGUAUGUAAAUGACUCUGUCGAGUUAUGGAGGGAGCUGGAAGACCGAUAUGAUCAAACAAAUGAAGCGAAGUUAUAUCAGAUCCAAAAAGAGAUCAAUGACCUUGUUCAGGGAUCAUUGGAUACUACUGCCUACUACACACAAAUGAAGAGACUGUGGGAAAAAUUAAACACUCUGAGUGCUAAGUCUCAGUGCAUCUGCAUUUGCACAUGUGGAUCAAAAGAGACGAUGCACAAAGCAGAAGAGGAUCGUCGCCUCAUUCAAUUUUUGAUGGGCCUAAAUGAGGUCUAUAAAAUAGUGCUAGGAAGCAUCUUGAUGAUGAAACCCCUGCCAUCUUUCGCACAAGCUUUUUCCCUCCUAAUACAGGAAGAGAAACAAAGGGAGUUCAGGCCAAUUAAUAAACUGAACCUUGAAUCUACUUCAUUACAUGUGAAUAUCACACCUACACAACACCAAAGUCCAUUCGGAGCUAGGAAUUUCAAGACACAUUAUACUGCAAACAACAGAGGUCGUUGA